CAGUGACAUCAGGCGAGGUACCAGUAGAAUGGACCUAACCUUCCUCAGCCAGCUCAGCUCAAAGCGAAAGCAUAAACUUUUAGCUGCCUACCUAGGUACCUCUUACAACAAUCCUUCUCUCCUUCUUUUCUUCUUCUAUUUCAUAGAUACAACAACUCUCCCCUCUGGAAUGGCUUUGCUUCAUCCAGAGGUCAAAUAUGGGACAGACCCUGUCAGAUGAGGCUAGGCCUCCUUCAAAAGAGGAAAUUACAUCACACCUGGCAGAGAAGUUCGCUCGUAAAUGUUUCGAACCGUUAGAGCUAUAUUCCUUCAAAGAUAACUUCAAGUCACUUGCCGACACCGUACAAAAUGUGCGCUACCUUAAAGAGGACACGAUCGCCCGCUUUCUCGAGCUUCCCGAUAUUCUGGCUGUCUCGCCCAUCGUAUUCCACAUGCUAUCUUACAUCGGCGCCUUUCCUUUCCUACAGGAUGCUCCGGUUAUACUCGGCUUCGAACAAAUGAUCAUGGUGGUGGCUAUAAUGACAGAACGAUAUUCAAAGAUUCUUGUUAAAGGUGCAACCAACAGGAGGAAACUACUGUUUAAGAGCUUGGCUGUUUAUGACCGUAAGAUGUCUGAGAUCGAGAAGCAACAGAAUGGCGCGACGAGUGCGCCGAAUCCACAUUCUAACAGUCACGCCCCAGGUUUCGCCGUUGACGAGGCCGGCGAUGAGUUGGACGACGAAGCGGAUGAUGACGAACUUGUCUUAGCUGCGCUAGACUCCCUCGAUAUCAACGACGCCUUUAAAACCGGCGAUUCCCACGCCGCCACCACGCACGGAGCUAUGAUUCCUGCAGACAAUUUCAGGAAAUUGAUUAUGUUACUGCUUUUAGUAUCUCCGCUAGAUGCGCAGGAGAACCUCUCCAGUUACGCAAAUCGGGUCACAGGCUCAGAGCUCGAAGACCUAAGGUCGACAGCCGAGAAUAUCCUUUCGGCAUUCAUCAAUGUCGAGAAGUCUCCUGGCAUCACCUACGCCAAAUUCAACAAUGUACUCCCUUCUAAUUUCCCAUUUCUCUUCGACGGAUUUAAUCCCUUGUUUGAACAUUUCCUUUUCUCCAAAAACCUCGACCUUUCAAAACGUAAAGAUGGCGUACCUAAAGUUAUAACCCCGGCGGUUGUGCGACCUCCGUUGUUGCAAGAUAAGGCACAGAUUUUGAAUUUAAGUGUCUUAUCUCAACUGUCUUUUUUCAUUAGCGGAAACGAGCUAUUCCGGAGAUUACGAUUGCUGUAUUCAGGCUCGGAAGCUGGUUUCUCAAUGGGUAGCUUUGAGACGAAGGUAUUUAAUUGGCGUGCACCUACAAUCCUUCUAGUGUCUGGGACUAGAAUGUCCGAGUCCCCAAGCAAAGGGGGCUCGGAAGGUACAUUUAAUGAUUCGUUACCACCAAAACGAUUUCCAAACGGGAGCCCGCCGGAUCGAGAUCGGGUAGUAUUCGGGGCGCUUGUCAAACAGCCAUGGCGGCAUACGCAUAAGGAAUGUUUCGGAGGCGAGGAUAUGCUAUUAUUUCAACUUGCGCCAACCCACGAUGUCUUUCCAGCGUCGGCGAUAAAUCGCGAUUAUGUAGCUUUUGCAAAAGCGCCAAUAGUUAACCCAGGAAUCAAUUUUGGUUGCCCCCAUCCGAAAUCUGCAUCACGCCACGAGUCGCUUCGACAUCUAGGCCCCGUAUCGCUUGUCGUCGACUCGAGCUUCGAGUUUGGCGUAUUCACACAUGACUAUGCUUCCCGUGGCGGCGCAUUCGCAACUAGCAAUUCUCGCAAGUUCAAUUUCCAGGAACGCUUCCAAGUGGAUGAAAUCGAAGUUUGGGGUUGUGGUGGUGAUGAGGAAGCUAGAAUACAGAGGGAAAGAUGGGAAUGGGAGGCCCGGGAAGCGGAAGCUAGGAGAAGGGUCAACUUAGGUACAGGCGAUAUCGCGGCGGAUCGGGCAAUACUCGAAAUGGCAGGUUUAAUCGGCGCAAAUAGGAGCGGAGGAUCAAUGGCUUGAACUGUACAAAGGCUGAAGUGGAGUUGGUGGUUCACUCAUGGGUUAUAAAGAAUAUCACUGCAUAGUAGUCAUGAUAGCUGUGAAAGAACAGCGAGUAAAUUUGAAUGAUUGAAUUUUCGAAUCUGAUAGAAGACCUUUUCCAACGCCGUAUCCUUGAUGUGUAGAGAUUGCAUAU